GUUCUCACAAGAAAGGAUUUUACACAGCAACUUAGGACGAACGAAAUGAGCUGCCCCAGAGCUGCUACAAAAUGCUGGAUGGACACCUUCUCCUGGGAUGGUUAUCAUUUACCAUUAUAGUGCAUCUGAUCAGCUUGCCUGGACCGAGCACAGCUUACUUCGGGCUGACAGGUAAUGAACCCCUGUCCAUUCUGCCACUGACCUCACAGCCAGACGAAAGGGCCGGCAAGGCACACUACAAGCUGUGUGAUCGACUCAAACUGGAGAAAAAACAGCGCAGAAUGUGCAGACGGGACCCUGGAGUGGCUGAAACUCUCAUGGAGGCCAUUAGCAUGAGUGCCUUAGAGUGCCAGUACCAGUUCCGCUUUGAGAGAUGGAACUGCACCUUGGAGGGCCGCUACAGGGCUCACAUUUUAAAGAGAGGCUUCAAAGAGACGGCAUUCCUCUAUGCCAUCUCUUCAGCAGGCCUGACCCACGCCAUGGCCAAAGCCUGCAGCGCUGGCCGCAUGGAGCGCUGCACCUGUGAUGAGGCUCCUGACCUGGAGAACCGCAAGGCUUGGCAGUGGGGUGGCUGUGGAGACAACCUCAAGUACAGCAACAAAUUUGUCAAAGACUUCUUGGGUAAGAGGUCCAACAAGGACCUCCGCGCCCGGAUAGACAUGCACAACAGCAAUGUAGGAAUGAAGGUCAUCAAGGCUGGGGUGGAGACCACCUGUAAGUGUCACGGAGUUUCAGGUUCGUGUACCGUGCAAACAUGCUGGAGGCAGCUGGCACCCUUUCAUGAAAUUGGUAAGCAGCUCAAACAGCGUUACGAGACUUCAGUCAAAGUGGCCAGCUCCACCAAUGAGGCAACUGGGGAGGGGGAGAUCUCCCAGACCCGAUCCCAGGGGCAACAGCCCCCUCCAGGCCCUCGACCGGACCUCAUUCCCCGCACCCCCGAUCUUCUUCACAUUGAGGACUCGCCGAAUUUUUGCAGGCUUAGCAAAUAUUCAGCAGGCACCUUGGCCCGCAAAUGCUACAAGGAUAAGAACUGCGAGGCCAUCUGCUGUGGCAGGGGGCACAACACUCAGAGCCGAGUGGUGACGAGACCGUGCCAGUGCCAGGUGCGCUGGUGCUGCUAUGUUGAAUGCAAACAGUGCACACAAAGAGAAGAGGUUUACACCUGUAAGGGGUAAAAACCAUCACAAUCAUGCAGAAUAUCUUUCACCAGUCUAGGAACAGUGGAGAGAAAUGAAUGAGUGGAAGGCAAAAAGAAAGAAGAAGUGAAAAGUUUAGGUGGAUUCCCUUGUCCUAGUUUGGGGAAAGGUCUCAAAGGCAUCAAAUUAGUUUAAAAAAAACGAUGAAAGCACUUUUUGAGAGGUUUUGCAGGGCGUUUUAUUUUAUUAUUAUUAUUAUAUAAUUUUUUCUGUUUUCCAUGUGGAGCAGUGUGAAAGCUGUGUAAUAUACCAAGCCUAAGGGAAUGGUCUACAGUUUUAAGCGACACUUUGGAACUAAAUUAAACAUUUCACAGAGUAAUUUGUCUGCCAAAAUAUCAAUCAGCGGUAAAGUCCAGUCUUGGACAGACAAUUAUUGAUCCAAUGAUUUGAAUAAUAGCUUGAAAUGUCUCAAGCCGUAUGUGUAAGAGUAUGUGUUUCUAUGUGACUUAAUUCCAAAUGAUUUAAUUUGGAGAUGGAAUUUGCAAUGACAAAAUGGUGUCAGAUUUAUUCUACAUGCACAUGUAUUCUACACCCACACAAGAGUGUGUAUGCAUAUGUACAUAGAUAAAAUUACAUUAUAAUUCUAUUAUAUACACCACUUAUCUGAGUAUGUUAAAUAACCACUAACCACACAAAUGUUUUAUUGUUUGUGUGCUUGCAUUUGUGUUGUAUCUCUCUCUUUGACAAGGCCCUUAGGAAAGCAAUACUUUUGAUUUGUGUUUUUCUGUGGAUAUAAUUUGUGGAACACCGCAAGGAAUAGUUCUUGCAAGGAAUGAAAAUGAUUUGCUUUUACUUUUUUUUCUUUUGCUUGACAGUGGAAGUCUUUGCCAGUCUAUUUAAGAUUUAACUCUGCCUUAAAUGAACUCUACAAAUGACUGUUCAGGGAACAAGUGAAACCACUAUGCACCAUUCGAUGGUAAAGAAAUCCUGGAGAUAUCACAAUGAGCAUUAGUCUCCAUGAUUUAGGCUUCCGCUUGAUGACAGAUCUGUCCAUCCUCAUUUAAAGCUGCUGAUUCAAUGCUGUAAUCGUUGUAGCAGUGCUUUUCAGGACAAUGCUAGUUAAAUAUGAAAUAUGCUAUGGUUCAUGGUCACUUAAUGCUCUGUCAGUUUCACAGACAACUGGAGGGAGCAAAUAAAAGUUGAGAAUAAACAUGACAGCAAAUGUGGGCCACUAAUCUGCGUUGGAAAGAAAGAAAGUUCCCCUUUUCUGCAAUGUAUUUCUAGGGGGAAAUAAUUAACCUCAGAGAUAAUGCAUUUUGCAGAUAUUGAUG